GGGGGCGGCCCCGGCGGCGGCGCGCAGGCGCGGGGGGCGGCGCAUGCGCAGUGCGGAGCCCGCCCCGGCUGAGACUUUAAAGUUACCAGAAGUUGAACCAAGUUGCUCCCAGAAUGGCUGACCAGAAGCGCCUUGCCUACUCCAUUAUCCAGUUUCUCCAUGACCAGCUACAGAAUGGGGGCCUGUCUCCAGAUGCUCAGGAGAGUCUGGAAGUGGCCAUCCAGUGCCUGGAGACAGCAUUUGGGGUCUCAAUGGAAGACCAAGGCCUAGCUGUGUCCCAGACUCUUCCUGAAAUCUUUGAAGCUGCUGUAGGGAAGGAGCCUGAACACAUCAGAACCAAUUCAGAGCCCAUCACCCCCUCUGAAGAUGACAUAGCUGAAGCAGAGAGACUCAAGACUGAAGGAAAUGAACAAAUGAAGGCAGAGAACUUUGAAGCUGCUGUGUCUUUUUAUGGAAAAGCCAUUGAAUUAAACCCAUCCAAUGCUGUAUAUUUCUGCAACAGAGCUGCUGCAUACAGUAAACUAGGAAAUUAUGCUGGAGCAGUGAGAGACUGUGAAAGAGCUAUAGGCAUUGACCCAAACUACAGCAAAGCUUAUGGCAGAAUGGGCUUGGCCCUCUCCAGUUUAAACAAACACACAGAAGCUGUUGUUUAUUACAAAAAAGCCCUGGAGCUGGAUCCAGACAACGACACUUACAAAUCAAACCUUAAAAUAGCUGAACAGAAGAUGAAGGAGACUCCCAGCCCAACUGGAGGUCCAGGAGGGUUCGAUUUAGCUGGCUUGCUGAACAACCCUGGCUUCAUGAGUAUGGCAUCUAACCUCAUGAACAACCCACAAGUACAACAGCUCAUGUCUGGGAUGAUUUCUGGUGGCCACAACACCAUGGGAACAGCAGGCACCAGCCCCUCCACAAAUGAUCUCGCCAGCCUCAUACAAGCGGGCCAGCAGUUUGCUCAGCAGAUGCAGCAGCAGAAUCCUGAACUAAUAGAGCAGCUCCGAAGCCAGAUCAGGAGUCGAACUCCAAGUGCCAGUAAUGAAGAUCAGCAGGAAUGAGCACUCCAGCACAGUCCCUGGGAACUAUGUUCUUUGCUUUAAAAACUGGAAGCCAUGUGCGUGUUGCCAUUUCUUGAGUUGGAAGUGUCCAAGAAGGGGGGAAAAAAAACCCAACCAAUAAUGGAAGAAAACAAAAAUCCUUUCCAAUGACCUGCAUGUUAAAGACAGAUUCAAGCUUUCUUCCCCUGGUCUUCAUCCCUGCUCCUCCCCUUCAGCCUUUCCAUUAAUCUUUUGAGGUUAUUUUUUCUUCUGGAAGAUUCAGCAAGUUGAACACAAACCAGCACCAACGAUCUUUCUUAAAGCAAACCUCAGACAGUUCCCUCCACUGUUACAUUUCUAUGUGAUUUUACUACCUGGGGAUGUUUUUUUAACCCAUUUUUUGAGGAACACUGUACUCUUCACUACAGGAUGUCUUCACUUUCCUGCCCGUGUGCCACUUCAAAGAAGUGCUCAAGUCCCACUUAAUCCCCUUUCCUGAUGGUCACCAGAUGGUAGUUUGAACACUCUGGAGGUGGUUGGGGAUCCUCCUGCCCUCCAGGAAGAAGGGGCUUUUAUCAGUUAGGUUGCCUGCCUUUCUCAUCCAGGUCUGUAGCCACAUGGCCAGCGUUGUUAGUAGCCAGGAGUUUGGUGCUCACCUCUGCAAGGUAAAUGUGUUGUGUGGGGGGUGGGGAGGGAGGGGUUGGGGCUGGCUGGGAAAACAACUCCUCUGGUGAGUGUUUCCUGGUGCAGUUCUUUGUGGGGGGGGGUUCUGUCACAGCUGUGACAAAAAUCUUGUCUAGUAUUUAGUCAUCACAGCUCUGUGGUUGGGAUGAUCCAGUCUGUGAAUUCAUCAGGUGGUCAGUAAGGAAUUGAUGAUGGGGGGGGUUAAAAGGGUUUCAUUUCUUCUGCUUUUUGUUUUCAUCUUUUAUGCAUGUAAGUAAUCAACUGGGUUGACUGUGCUAAUGGUAGGAGUAGAGGGAUGCCAGAGUUUAGAGAGCAAGAAGGAAUCAAAAUGCUGCUUGGAUGGUCAGAAAAUCAAGUGGCUGCUGGUUGGAGAUGGGGGAUUGGUGAGGAGCAGUUGGUGUGAGACGGAAAAAGGCCCUCUCAGGAGAGCUGGGGCUGUGAGUGGACAGGGAUCUCUGCUGAACAGCAAAACAAUGAUCUGUAAAUGCUCCAUAAAGUAAUAUGUGGUUAAUGUAACUUGUGAAGAAUAAAAUAUUUGGACACUU